AUGACAUCCGCAAACACAUCAUGCAUGCCGGUGCUGUCAUUUUUGGCAGCCGGCAACUAUGAGAUCAACUUCAUCGCCGAAGGAGCAGCAAACGUUGUCUUUCAGGUUGUUGUGCAGCCCGGAGACGAACACAGCAGCAUUUUCCAAGGAUAUCUCCUACGGGUCCCAAAAGCAGGGACAAAUGCGCACAGCUAUGUAGAGCUCCAAGAGUACUGGGAAACGGUGGUGAGGCCGCUGUUUGAGCCCGAAGACCUCGUCCAACAGCGCCUCGUCAAACUCGGGGGCGAAGAGGUGGUUUCAUGCCUGAAUGCUGCCCUGGAACUAAAAGAGGAAGCCCGAAGGGCCGACUUCAAAGGAAGUAGAGUUGCAGUGGUCGAGCACGGGAUGCUCGUGGAAGACAUGCGUCAGACCGCGGCUCGCGACGGUGAGGAAGAAGAAGGAGGAGGAGAAGACGAGGGUGCUGGCGACCCGGAGCGGCUGGCGCUGGCCAUGACGCUGCGCGACUGUGCGUGCUUCGUGCGGGUGCCGGCGGAGGCGGGGCGGCCGGUGGAGGCUAAGCUGGCGGAUCUGGACCGGAAGAAUUGGGAGGCGAAGAGGGGGUAUUGGCGGGAGAUGGAGAGGCGGCUGGUGGAGGGCGGGUAUUAUGAGGGGAGGGAACUGGGAGGGGUGGAGACGGAUUGUUUGCUUGAGGAGGGGACGAAGAAGGUCUGA